UUUUUGCAUUUACCUAUGUGCUUUUGAUUUAACAUUAGAUUUUUGUCAAAAUUCGUGGACAUAAUUCUUGGUCGAGAUGAUUUUAGUGGAAUUUCUCAUUUUUAUGCUUCUAGUCACGAUUGGAAUUUGUAUAUUGUAUUUUUGUUGUUCAUCGGCUUUGCCGUCACGGACAGAAGAACCUCCGGUUUCAGCCACACAACCAAUUUCACAACAUCAAAGAGCUACACGCGGGAAUAAAACCGAUGACGAUAUGCCUCCAGUAUUUGCGAUUGCAUCCGCAUCGGGUUCAUCACGAUCGAUUAAUGAUCACAACGAUAUUGGAUUUGUUGAGUUUUGCAUUGAUGACCAACCACCACCAAAGUAUGACGAUGCAAUCGUUAUAAAACCACAAAUGCCUAUCACCGUGGUUUAGAUCGACAUUUUGUCACAUUUCAACUAUAGUUCACCCCGAUGAGCUAUCAAUCCAUUUUUUGCACAUUUCGAACAGCUAAUUUCUUUUUUUCUUUCACUCAAAUUACCUCAAACAACAACUUCAUCCGUUAAAUGUCUCAUUUUGGUAUACAAAUGCCUCGUUUCAUUUUCAAUCGAAUGAUAGUUUUGCGCUAGAAUUAAGCGAAGUUUGUUUGUGAUUCAUGGUAUCGUUCUAUACAAAUAAAUCAACCAUUGAUCGUAGUUUUCGUUUCAACCCUUAAUAUGCUGUGAUAAUCGACGGAAUACUUUGAGUAGUUUCACGAUUAUUCAUCGCCACCAGCCAUGAAUCAAAGGGUUCACGAUGAAAUGACGCAAAAUAAAUGAAAAAAAUUAUA